UUAAAGAUGUUUACAGUUGCCAGUUGCCCCUUUCUCUUAAAUUAAUAUUUAAUUCUGAUAAGUGCCAAAACGGGGAAUUAAACCUAAAUACUUUUAAUGUACACAGUUGUACUACAACAUAAUUGCCUUCAUGUGUCAUGAAAACACUAGCUACUGAAGUAAUAGAAGGACAGUAACGAGAAGCCAUUUUGUUUGUCUGCGGAAAUGUGUAAAUGUGUGUUUUUGAAGAAAGCCACAAAAGGGAAUAUUUGCCUUGUUAAUACAUUCAAAACUGACAAUUUGUUAAAUAGUCUUUCAUUUCCUGUUUAUACAUGAACUAGCCAACUGUAUGUUGCCUGCACAGAAUAUUGUCAGCGUUUGAAUUGUUUCACAUAUUGUUCAGGUUUUCCAGCUAUAUGAUGGACGGAAGCGCCGCAUGAUGAGAGAAUAUGUGUUGUGUAACUCACCUUGAAGCUGAAAGCACAUUAAAAUAGUUAUUUUUCUCUCACGCCGUCUCGGAGUGUGACCGUCCACAGCACACACUUUAACAGACUUUGAGAACAGAUUUUUCUUUCGAGACUGUUUUGAUAUAGACUCAGAUUUCAUACGUCGGAGGGCUGUUACAAGGAUAUUUUACAUACAGCGCAAUCAGGCUGUUUUUACAAAAUUCGGCAUUGUGCGGUGGGUUGAGUCAGCGAGAGAAAAUAGCAGCGUUAGUCAUGUAAAGAUGAUGCCCACCUUGGAAGCUCGAAUGCGUGUCAUCAUUCUCUUCCUGCUAAUCGCUGUCCCACUUAACGCUUCCUCUGCGAGCGUCCCGGGCCCCACCAGAAACACACCAAAUGGGCCUAUCACCAUAACCCCGACGCUCAACCCCAGAUCUCAGGGUAGGGGCUUUCUGUACCCCCUUUCUAAAAAUGGUGGGGGUAUGCGAGGGAAGUCCAUGAAUCGUCGGCCAAAGCAGCCAGCUGGAGCGGCAGAAAUGCCCCUCAGGCCACUGCCUCAGAUAAUGCUGUCAAAGAAUGUAACGACUGAUGCACUGAAGGCCCCUUUCGGAGCGGCGCAGGUAGCUCCGCCUCCUCGCAAACUGGUGGAAGUGGACGUGUGUCGGGGUUAUUAUGAUGUCAUGGGGCAGUAUGACCUCACCUUUAACUGCUCCAAGGAUGACUUCAUCUACUGCUGCGGCACUUGCCAUUAUCGGUUUUGUUGUCCGGACCGCACUCGAAGGCUGGACCAGAACAUCUGCCACAACUACCAUUCCCCUGUGUGGGCCAAUACGGCCCCCCCUGCGAGCAGACCCCCACCGCCUGCCCACCCGGACCUCAGCCGCAUCGAACAAAGCAACAACACGGUCUACGUCAUCGGCGGAGUCAUCUCGUUUACAGUGGCAGUGGCAGUGGCCAUUAAAGUGGCGUUCCACAAGGCAUCACGGCAGCCUAGGAACAGAGAACUCGACAUGCCCAGGGCUCUUGUGGAAAUGUUGCGUCACCAGUCGAGUCCAGUUCAAGAGGGAGAGAGAAACAACAGUGUAGCCUUGGGUACUGGAGGAGGAGAGGGAACUCUUGGACGACCCCCGAAAAAUCACUAUCCAACGCUACAGAGUAAAGAUAACCGACUGGGGAAUCUACAGCAUAACUUCAUCCACACCACAGGCUCCAGUCCCAAACAUACAGCCACCAUUGAGCGUGCACCACGCAUGAACAACAUGCAGAUGACCACCGGUGGCACAUUGAAGCCCAGUAAACAUACCAACGCCAUGAAGCCCCAGCCGUCCUUCCAUCACUCUCUACAUAACCUGGCUCAGCUGCCGCCCUCGUAUGAAGCUGCCAUGAAGCCUGAGAUCAACAGAUACUCAUCUCUCAAGCGUCUGGAGAAAGGAGGAUUGGAGGAAUAUUCAGGUUACUGUACCACCAAACGGAGGCCCAACAACGCCCCUCCCUCCUUUCAUUCCUCCCAGCAUCACCUUCCCUGGGGUGGCGACUACACGCUGGGGGGAAGAGGCACGCUUCCCAACCGUGCUACUCGUCCUCGAAUACCUCAUCCACAGUCUGCUCCAAGCCACACCCCGAAUCCUUACCCUCUGGAUCCACCGGAGUCGAAGCAAAACCACAACUACGAUACGCUUUCCAAACCACCACGCCGCGUCAAAUCCACGGACCAGCUCCUCGCCCUCGGUGACGGCAACACCUUGUCAAGGAUGUCGAAGAACCAACAGCACCAGUACUACAAAGCCAUGGCCACUUCAUCAAAGAAUUCCAAUACGAACACCCUGAAGAAGUCCAAGGAGAGGCUGCUGAUGUCCCCAGACCACCUAGAGGAGGAGGUAGACGGGGUUGAAUACGACGGAAGCAGGAUGGGUAUGGGAAUGGCCGACUACACAUCUGGAGGGGGAGGUGGAAUGGUGCCCACCCUGCCCCGCGUUAGCCACCAGAAAGCUCAAUCGCAGCAGAAUGUUUGCGCCACGCCGUCGCUCGAUCGUCACCACAUGAUCAAGAUGAACUCGCACCCGACCUCCGGGCGAGAGCAGGAGCGCAAUUCGGCGGCGAUGUCAGGUCACCUGGGAGGAGGCGGGGUUGGAGGAGUGGGAUGGGGCGACAUGCCAGGAACCGGAGUUGUCAUGGGAACAGGAACUCUUGGUGGACACAGUGCCAGGAGGCUUGCAUUUGCAGCUAAAAGGCAAAAUACCAUUGAACAACUUCACUUCAUCCCCGGUGGAGGGGGAAGUGGAAUCCUGAAAAUAGUACACACGUUUUAA